AUGAAGCAGCACCUUGACAGCAUGCCCCCAGACGCGAGUGCAUUGCUGGUUGUCAAGAAACUCUGCGAAGAGCAUUCUGAAACUGAAGCGUUUGUCCUCGAUCUUUGGCCUGCAGAUAGGGCUACGCUUGUUGUUUUUGGUGCCGAAUCAUCCAUGGAAGUCUCGAACAAAUUUAACCUCCCAAAACCCAAAAAGCAAGUCCACAUGUUCCGACCUUUGACCGGGGGUGAGAGCGUUCUUACUAUGAAUGGCGAUGAAUGGAAGAAAUGGAGGGCGCUGUUCAAUCCUGGCUUUAGCGCAUCUCAUAUGGCAAGACUUAUCCCGACCGUGAUUCAGUCCGCAGAGACGUUCUGUGACAUACUACGCCAAAAAGCUGGAAAAGGUGUUUUCAGGUUGGACAGCUUGACCACGCGUUUGACCAUGGAGAUUAUCACGAAAGUGACACUAGAUAUGAAUACAGAUAACCAAUACUCCGAGCACCCACUUUCGCACGCUUUCAACACGAUAUUGAAUUGGAAUUCUUUCUGGAACAUAUCGAUUCUAUUGAAACCUGUCAAGUUCGUGGUACAGAAAUACUAUGGGAGAAUCCUAGAGUCGAUCAUCUCGACCAAUCUAGAGACACACUACCAGGAAAUGCUUCAGGAAGAGGUCGACUCAAAGAAAGCUAAGACGGAUCGUCCAUUAUCCAUAAUGGCUAUGGCUCUGCGCGACUACAUCGAAGGGGAGCGGCAGAAAGGCAUUGAUACUUCCUCAAGCAUGCCACUGGAUCCGGGCUUUGCUAAGAUUUCCGCAAAUCAAAUUCGAACGUUCCUUAUGGCAGGAAACGAUUCCAGUUCUGCCACCCUGAUCUAUAUCUAUCAUCUUUUAUCGCAACAUCCUAGAUCUCUAUUGAGUUUACGCGAAGAGCACGAUGCGCUAUUUGGACCUGACCCAGACGAUGCUUCGAGAGCUCUCAAACAGAACCCAGCAUUGCUCAAUCAGUGCCGAUAUACGUUAGCGGUGGUCAAAGAGACAUUAAGACUAUUCCCGCCAGCGUCUACACAGCGCGCAGGCCAGCCUGGAGUCUUCAUCAAGGAUCUCAAAGGAAACUUCUGCUCCACAGAGAAUCUUGAUGUCACGAUUCUACACCAUGCAGUCCACAUGAACCCCAGAAUCUGGAAAAGGCCAGAUGAGUUCUUACCGGAGCGUUGGCUCACAGAUUCAGAGCAUGAGCUGCAUGUUCCUGCCAACUCUGGUGCUUUCCGUCCAUUUGAACAAGGCCCGAGGAAUUGUAUCGGACAAAGUCUAGUCAACAACGAGCUGCGGAUCAUUCUUGUUUUGACUGCUCGAUCCUUUGAUAUCAUCCCGGCCUAUAAGGAAUGGGAUACGAUGCGACGCGGACGAGAUACAUUGGUCAAAAGAUUGUUUCAAUGGCGGAGGCCCAAAGAAGGUAUUCCUAACACCAUUUUUGGUGAAACAGCCUACCCGACUGCUCGAUCUGGUGGAUACGCGGCUGAUGGAUAUCCGUGCCGUGUUUCCCUAAGAAAGUCUUAA